AUGGCGCAAGAUUCAACGGCAGCAGCAGCUUCACGGCACGCGUCGACCGAUGUGCCCAGAAACUUCGAAGUAGCCAUCAUUGGUGGUGGGAUUGCUGGCCUGACCCUCGCCAUCGCAUUAUACCACCGCGGCAUCGCGCUGAAAGUCUACGAACAGGCGCCUCAGUUCGGCGAGAUCGGCGCGGGCGUUUCGUUCUCCCCCAACGCCGUGCAGGCCAUGAAGGUCUGCCACCAGGGUGUCUACGAGGCGUUUGAGAAAGUCUGCACCCGCAACGUCUGGCCCGAGAAGCAGAAGGUGUGGUUCGAUUACCUCGACGGGUAUGUGGGGCCGAAGCCUGGUCAAGAGAGGCAGGACAUUGCAUUCACGAUUCGAAACUCCUUGGGACAGAAUGGAGUGCAUCGUGCGGCAUAUUUGGACGAGAUCGUCAAGCUGCUGCCGCGCGAGAUUGCGCGGUUCGGCAAGAAACUUGUUGAUAUUGAGGAGAAAAAGGACAGCGGGAGGCUGUCGAUGAAGUUCGAAGAUGGCACCACGGCUGAAGCGGAUGCGGUGAUCGGAUGCGAUGGUAUCAAGUCAAAAGUUAGACAGAUCAUCGUUGGAAAGGACCAUCCUAGUGCCAAACCCAGUUAUACGCACAAGUAUGCUUACCGAGGGCUUGCGCCGAUGGAAGAAGCGAUCAGGGCUGUCGGCGAAGAGCUGGCAGUCAACUCUUGCAUGCACAUGGGCCCGGAUGGCCAUGUCCUGACCUUUCCUGUCAACCACGGCAAGACGCUGAAUAUUGUGGCCUUCAGAACUAGUCCCGAAGACUGGCCAGACUUCAGUCGGCUGACCAGGCCAGCAAAACGAGAAGAUGCAUUGAGGGACUUUGCAGGGUACGGCUCAAAUGUGAUGAAACUGCUGAACCUAACGAAGCCGGAUCUGGACGUGUGGGCAAUUUUCGACAUGGGCGACAAUCCGGUUCCUACCUUCCAUACAGGGCGGAUAUGUAUAUGUGGAGAUGCAGCGCACGCGACUUCUCCGCACCAUGGCGCAGGAGCCGGGUUCUGCAUUGAGGAUUCGGCUGUUCUUGCCUCACUCCUCGCCUACAAGCAGGUCCAAUCACCCUCGGAUCUCGAAGCUGUAUUCGCAACGUUCAAUGACCGACGAAAGGAGCGCGGGCAGUGGCUUGUGCAGAGCAGCAGGUGGAUCGGUGACUGCUAUGAGUGGCGUGCCGAAGGCAUAGGCAAGGACUUUGAGAAAAUCGAGAGGGAGAUCAAUGAGAGAAACGGCCAAAUCGCCGAGGUGGAUGUAGAAAAAUGGUGCAGGGAAGCCAUAAAAGACCUUGCAAGUAGGCUGAAGCGAUGA